CACAUAGGAAUAACGACUGAUGGGUUGAAACUGUUGAUUCAAACAGUUUGGCGUUCAAUGCUAAAGAUCUAAUCACGGUUAGUGUCUUGAUCAGUGCUCCGUGGAUAAAAAGUUCAAUCACAUGUACCGGUAGGUGUGACAUUCUAGAAAUUUUGAAUAUGGAAACAACGAAGGAGCGGGUGACCUUGAUUCUUGGGGAAGAGCGUAUAGAAGCGUAUCGUGAUGAUUUAUCGUCGAAGAGCGAUUACUUCGCGUCUCUCUUCUCGCCAAAUUUUUGCGACACUCUAAGCUCUGAGCACCGCAUCAAUUAUGAAAUCAAUGUAAAAACAUUGCGGACAUUCGUCAGUUGGGCUUCCGAAUGCGCUAAUUCCACUUUCGCCUACAUUCGCCGCGUCAAACCCAGUCUUUCAAGGUACGCCUCGCAAUUCUCCAGCUUGGAUGACGUUUCGGAGUUGCUCGAAUUGGGCGUUUUGUUCGCCGCCGAGGAGUUCAUUAAAGAUCUGACGAACGUAAUUGCUUACCGUCGUCUCGAUCCCGAAAAAUCCAUCCAGCUCUGGCGAUUGGCUAAGGAGUUAAAUCUCUUGAUCCUCAGAGAUCUCGCCAAAGCCGCGUGCCUGGAACACCUCUCUGAGGGUCCGCAUUGUUCCGCUUACCUUGAACUUUCCGAAGAAGAGUUUUUAGAUCUGGUAGGAAGCACCUGCAACCAAUCGUCCCUUGAAUUUCUUCUCAAAAUAACUUCACAGUGGCUUGAGCGCAAUGUUCCAUCUGGCGAGACCGACAGAUUCAAAUUACAUUUUCCAUUCAUGUUAUUGGAGAAAGAUGCUCAGGACAAAUAUUGCAGGGAAGAAAUCAACAAGCUACGAUUGAAGAGCUAUGCACAAUGUGUUGUGGGACACAAAGUGACUGGAGAAAAUCAGCAACAAGCUUUUAUUUAUUGUUGGGAUGGAAGCAAAUUUUUCGAACUUGCUGAAAUACCUAAUUUUUCCAAUGUUUCGAACAAGGAUAUCGCAGGCAGACAGGCCGUGGGGCGAGGAUAUGACAUCUACAUUGUUGGUGGAGAGUACGGAAUAGGUACAGGAUCGUUUGAAACGGCAAUUUGGCGCUACUCUACGAUUACAAAGACCUGGUACUACGUCACCAGUUUGCCGCAACCACGGCGACACAUGGCAGUAGCAUUUUUUAACGACAGGCUCUAUGUGAUGGGUGGUGUAGGACGUCACCGUCUUAAACUAUCGACUGUUGAUGUGUACAACGUUCAACAAGAUAGAUGGAGCAAGGCGGCGGAUGUUCCUGAGGAAUUCACCAGCGUACCUAUGACGGUCCAAUACAAAGAUAAACUGAUGAUCUACAAAUCGGCACUUUACACAUACGAUCCAAAAAGAAAUUACUGGCAAACAACCCAUUGUGACUAUGAGGGUUUUUGUAACUCGUUUUCACUUGCAACCAGACCGAUGUCUAUUCAGUACAUUACGUACUGUAACGACUCAGUCUACGUUAUUGAUUGCCACGAGCCAAAGUAUGCCAAAGUCUGGAUUAAAGGAGAUCUUUCAAAUUACCCUGCAACUCUGUUUUCGUCAUGUGCAUAUGCGUUUAGCAAUGUGGUUACCAAUGGGCCGUAUUUAGUCGGUUUUUCACAGAGGGAUGAUGUAGUCUACGUAGAAACAAUGACGCUUACGAGGGAUAGAUCAACAGCAAUGCGAUUGGUAUACAGGCAAGAUGGAACCGGAAUACGGGACUUGUGCGUUGAUUCUCCGAUAGGCUGUUUCAAUAUAAUAAAUCCAUACAAAUUGAAUGAACAAUUUUUAAUCGACACCGAUGUCGUCAAGAAAACAAGACGGUAGUAAGGCGUCUGCGUCUAAUUCUCAGUAUUUUUUUUUUUACUUUUGUAAGAAAAUUUAAGAUCUACAUGACAUCAUAAUGAUCGUAAUCGAUACCGUAUUAGUCAAAAUAUCGUUAAGCUUACAUGAUAAUUGAGAAAUAUAUUUGUAAAUGAUUUGUAUAUAGAUGAUGGUUUGAAUACUAAUAUGGAAUUAAUAACAAUAAUAGCUUACGGAUUUAAAAUUCCUUACAAACUGCAUCCUGUUUAAAUAUCAAUAAACGACUUAUGAUAGAA